CCGGCUGCCGAAGUUACUUCACGUGCCCGGUGAAGACGGGGGGACACCACUGCACGCUGCAGCAUCGGUUGGGUAUUUUCGGCAAGCGGAGGUCCCACUGAGGAAAUGCCCUUAUCUCGCCCUUCAAACUGACAAGAACGGCUCCUGCCCGAUUCACAUCACUUGCGAAGGCAGCAGCUUCUAGACAUUCGAAAAGUUACUAGACGACACGUGGCCCGACCUGGCAGAUAUAAAAAACAAUGAGGGUCAGAACAUUCUUCACGUUGCAGCCAAGGCCGGGAACGACUACAUGGUGCAAAAGAUACUCAAGGCACGCAGAAAGCGCGUCAUCAUCGAGAAGCUGGUGAAUUCGGAAGAUGUCCGUGGAAACACCCCUCUCCAUUUGGCGUCGAUGCACAACCAUUGCAACGUAAUGCGCUCCUUGACGAGCGACAAGAGAAGCGACUUGCAGCUUGUGAACAAUGAUGGGUUGACCGCCCUAGAUGUGGCCAUGGAAUCCGGAAGCUUGUCGAUGAAAAAUCCAGCGUUACUAGGACGUGCAUUUUUUAUUGUCGCCGGUGUACGGCGUAUCGAAGGUCGAGACGUUCUGUCACCAAGAGAAGAACAUUCUGGAGCGAGCAAAUCAUCUCCUGCCGAAUGGAUCAAGGACCAGGUUAAUACUUUAUUGGUAGUGGCCACGCUUGUGGCCUCCGUCACGUUCACUGCAGGCGUAACGUUGCCCGGCCGGUACAAUGCUUCCAGUGAUCCCCACCCGGGAACGGCGACCAUCUUGCACAAAGGAGUGUUUCAGGUUUUCGUAAUCGCCAACACGUUAGCCAUGUAUAGCUCCAUCCUUGCGGUCGUAGUCCUCCUCUGGGGUCUCAGUAGAGACUUCUAUGUUGCAGAGCUAGCUUACCACUCAACAGGGCCAUUACUGCUAAUGGCUCUCACCGGCAUGUCGGUGGCGUUCUUCGCGGCCAUAACUGUAGCAGUGAGCAAACUUACUUUGCUCGGGAGCCUUGUUCUGUCAGUCGGAGUCCUUUACCUCGCGAUGGUCAUCGGGGUUUUAGCAGUCUUGAUAUUCCCAUCCUCCAUGUCUGCUAUGCGCAUUGUGGUCUUCUACUAUCUGGCUGUGACCCUAUCGGCAUCUGCAGUCCGAGGAUUUGUCAGAUUUUGUGUUACGAAUUUUCCCUUCUUUAUGGAAAAAAUUUGCAACCGUCCAUUUAUUCAUUUUUAA